AUGUUCAUGGAGAUGGGGAGAGGUUUAGCUGCGCUCAAUGCGAUAGACAUUAUUCUACAAAGAAUAAUCUUCAACGCCAUAUCCUUGAACAUUCAAAUGGCUUCAAUCUGUUCUGUGUGUGAGCGUUCCUUCGCAGACCGAAGAAACAUGUUGAGGCAUUAUAAACUCAAGCACGGGGACAAUAACGAAUCGUUUGACUGUGACGAGUGUGGGAAAAGCUACUUGACCAAGUUUAACCUGCAAAGACACAUGUUAACUCAUUCUAAACGCCAGAGGUUGGAUGCUGGUGGUGAAGCUGUGCCCGGUCCAUCACGGUCUGAAACUUCACCGCCACAACCCCCGGCAUCGGGUUCAGCUGACGCUCAACCCCAGACGGAUGCGUUGCAGCGAUUCGAAUGCUCAAGCUGCGACAAAACGUACACCCAACGCUCCACCCUUACACGCCAUAUGAAAUCACGAGAACCGUGUAGAUUCUCCUGCGUUCUUUGUGACAAGAUGUUUACACGCAAAAGUAAACUUCGCCGACACCUGCUCUACAACUGCCCCAUCAUGCUCCACAGUGCGCGGUAUCCAGCGUUGCAACAACCACAACCACCUCCACAACAACAACAAUCAACACAAACACAACCUACACCACAACCUCAACCAGAAACUAUAGGUAGUGGUUCACUACCGCCAACACUGCUACCACCACAACCACCUCCACAGCAACAAAAAUCAACACAAACAGAGCUUACACCACCUCAACCUCAGCCUCAACCACAAAUGCAACCACUAACACUACAACAACAACAACCGCCACAAACACAACAACAAAAAUCAACACAAACAGAGCCUACACCACAACCUCAACCUCAGCCUCAACCACAAAUGCAACCACUAACACCACAACAACAAAAACCACCACAAACACAACAACAAAAAUCAACACAAACAGAACCUACACCACCAACUCAACCUGAACCUCAACCACAAAUGCAACCACAAACACCACAGCAACAACAACAGACACCACAAACACAAAAUCAACCACUACCGCCAACACAACCACCACCACAAACACAACCUCAACCACGACAUCAACCACUACUACCAACACAAUCUCAGACACUACCACCAACACAACCUCAACCUCAAACACUACUGCCAUUACAACCACCACCACAACCUCGACCACCAACGCCACAGCCGCAGGAGGGAUCAUCGGUCGCCUCAUUGUCACCACCUCCGACAGACUAUGUCUCCACCUUUGACCUACCGCUCGAAGAAGAGGAGACUGCAUUCAGCACCUUCCUGGGCACAUACUGCACGGAGGACUUUACAAAACGCCCGAGGGUGGAUGCUGGUGGUGAAGCUGUGCCCGGUCCAUCACGGCCUGAAGCUUCACCGCCACAACCCCCAGCACCGGGUUCCGCUGACGUCCAACCGCAGACGGAUGCGUCGCAGCGAUUCGAAUGUUCAAGCUGCGACAAAACGUACACCCAACGCUCCAACCUUACACGCCAUAUGACAUCACGUGAUCCAUGCAGAUUCUCCUGCAUCCUGUGUGACAAGACGUUUACACGCAAAAGUAAACUUCGCCGACACCUGAUCUGCCACUGCCCCAUCCUGCGCCACAGUGCACGGUAUCCAGCGUUGCAACAACAACCACCUCCACAACAACAAAAAUCUACACAAACAGAACCUCAACAUCAACCAAAAACACCACCACAACAACCAUCACCACAAACACAACAUCCACAAUCUCUAACAAAACCACCUACACAACCACAAAUAACGCUACCACAACAACAACCAUCACCACAAACACAACCUCCAAGAUUUCAAUCACCACCACCACCAACGCCACCGUCAUCACCUCCAACCGACCCUGUUACCAUUUCUGUUCUACCACUUGAAGAAGGGGAAACUGCAUUCGGCACCUGCCUGCACAUACCACUGGGAAGACUUUACAAGUAA